UCUUUAUUAAUGGCCUUAUUUGCCGCUCAUUCUCUGCGCCUCCACAUCACUCACUACAGCUUACCCAAACACUCGAACAGAGAAACCAUUCAAAUUCGAUCAUCAAACCCUACAUUUUCGUUCUUCUUCUCAUCAAACGAUUUCAGGGGGCGAAACUGGGUUAAGGGACGAGUUCACUCAUUCUAUCCAUGGAACUCUCCCGAGAAACCGUUAAAAAAACGAUUAAACCUCGAAGCAGUCUCUCUGUUCUUGUUCUUUGCUAUCCUUCUCUACAUUCGUCUACUCUUUACUCUUCUCCCGCCUGAUUUUCCUCAGCGAUGGCGUUGGCUCGUGGUUUUUGCGGAGGAAGCAGACGACAGAGCUAGGUGUUAUCCUUCCCAUUUAUGGCAGGCUAUUGUGGCUUCAGAAGAUCGUCGGUUCUUUCGGCAUUGUGGAAUCGAUCCUGUUGGGAUAGCUCGCGCUGUGUUGUAUUUGUCUGCUCGAGGAGGUGGAAGUACUAUUACUCAGCAGCUUGUUAAGAAUGCAUUUUUGACCACUGAACGUACAUUCUCAAGAAAAAUUAUUGAGAUGGUGCUUGCAGUGAUAUUGGAAAGGACAAUGUCAAAAUGGAAGAUACUGAACACCUAUUUGAAUCAGGUAUACUGGGGACAUGGUAUCUAUGGAAUUGAAUCAGCAUCUAUUUUUUAUUUCGGUAAGCACCCAUCCCUUCUUAGUUUGGGGGAAUCUGCAAUGCUUGCUGGAAUUAUACCUGCACCUGAGCUUCGAUCGCCACUCAGGGACCCAAGCAGAGGAAAGGCCUCCCAAGCUAGAGCAUUGAGGAAGAUGGUUCAAGUGGGAUAUCUUGGUAUUGAUACUGUUCUUAUGACUGUGAAUCAACCUCUUCAUUUAUGCGUUGGACCAGAAAAGGAAUUACCGCACUCCUUGUCCUUUCCUGAUGGGGAGCUAGGGGAUCCUCAGAAACAAUGCUGCGGGAGCUCAGUUGUCAGGGAAAUAUGGGACUGGGAAAGGGAGAGCAGAAUAUGGGAAGUGAGAGAAGAUAUGGGAAAAUGGGCAGUGAGGGUACGUCAAUUAGAUUUUUCUAUCACCACUGUUGGCAAAUCAAAAUGAGUGCUUCCUUUGAAAAUGGUUCAAAGCAAAUCUGUGACAGAUUCAGGAGUGGGACAUGCAGCAAAACCCUCGAAGCAGAAUUGAAGUGUAUCCGACUGCUUUGGAAUUAA